UGUUUAGAUGUUGCUAGGAUGACAUUUGAGCAACCGUUCAUCGUUUAUCUUGGAUUCUAGUGACAAAAGAGAUACUUUGCGAUAUUCGGUGUCCGUUCCAGGAAGAUAAUAAUGGCUAGUUACUUAAGAGACUUAGAAAGGGAGGGAUCCCUCCCACCAUUGGUAAGAAGCGAAGCCAGAAGGGUGAAUUUUGAUGAAGUAGGCUACACACGUUCUAGAUCGCCAAGGGCUCGCUCCCCGAGGGCUCGAUCUCCGGUUUCGGGCAUGUAUGUCGGGCGUGAUAGCCCCCAGUUUAACCCCCGACCACCAUCACCUGGAUUCACUAGACGGACACCACUCUCUGAUACUCAUUUACAAGAACAGAUUAAAGUGGCCAGGGAUGAGCUUCAAAAGAAAGAUGCCCUUAUACAGCAGCUUGUUAGUAUGGAAUCUUCAGCAGCGUCAAAGCUCACUUCAACCAGUAGAAGUGCACAAUAUUUUUCAAAUUACGGUCAUGGCAGUUCCUCAAAUGAACGUGAUACAGUAAUUGUGCGUGGACGUCAGCUGACUAUUGACGAGGAUGGUGACCAGGAAGUUAAAAUCUCUGGGCUGGGACUUGGAACAUUCAGGGAUGCAGUUGGAUCAAUGCAAGAAGUCAACUUUUAUUCUGCCUCAUCUUCCCGACAAAGCCUGGAUGCAUCUCGGACAGAAUGUGCUGAGUUGCAAGUUAAAGUGGACAGACUACAAACCAAGAACAAGGAGCUUGAAAACGAGCUUGAAGUACGCGAUAUCAAGAUAAAGGAAUCGAAACUUCUCUUGGAAACAAGCAGGGAAAGUGAGGCUCGUCUGCAAAGACAGGUUGACUCUCUUCGUGGUGAGAUCAGUGAUCUUCAAGGUCGUGCAGGGGCUUUUGAGUCUGUAGCAGGUCGAAGUGAGGUUGCUGUCAGUGCAUUGCAGAGAGAAAACAAGUCAUCUCAGGAACGUAUUGUGGACUUGGAAACCAGGCAGAGGCGUCAGUUGGAGGAGCGUGAGGAGGCAUGCGCGCGCGUUGAGAUACUUGAGCGUAGGAUGAAGGACCUCCUGUCGCAAUUCGCUAGCCUUCUCAAGGUUGACACACUCUCUCCUGCAGGACCUUCUUCCGAGGACGUGCUCAGAAGGAUUUCGGAAACCAUUGAAGAAAAUGCAUUGCUGAGGGGAAAACUUCUCACGCUGAAUGAAACACUCAACAAUUCGGAACUUGAGACAAAGGCAAGCCGGGAAACCAUCAUGCGUCUCGUGUCAGAGAUGGGUCGUGAACAGCAGAUGCAGUCGAGAUACGAGUCAGAACGGGAAACACUUAGAUCUAGGAGCAGGGAACGCUACAGGCCUGAAGAUGGUCCUUUGAGAUCGAUUCUGAAAUCCCCGACACGAUACCGGGAACGUAGUAGCUCACCGCGUCGCAGAGAUCGUAGCCUUUCGAGGGAGCGCGACAUGGAAAGAUCUAGUCGGGUUGAGUUUGAGCGUGAACUCCAGAUGCUGAGAGACCGUCUCGAAGCGUCUCAACGCACUAUUGAUGCUCAGAGGAAGGAAAUUGAUAUAAGAGAAUCACGCCUAGCUUCCUUGGAGGCCGAGAUUCGCACCAGCUCAACAUCCGUACACAGUGCCAGCACCCGAAUGAACCUGUUCGUUGACCAACUUUCAAAGCUUCUAGGCGAGACUGACUCCAGCUACCUUCUUGAGGAAGAUUCCAUAAGAUGCAGAAUAGAAGAGAUUAUCCUCUCUCGAAGAGAAUACAAAUAUAAACUUGAGGCUCAAGAAGAUAGAAUCAAGGAACUCACAGAGCAACUGGAGGCCCAAUACGAGCUUCACAAGACUGCAGCAGCCCGGGCGCGAAAGGCCGAGGUAGAGGCAGCCGAUAUGCGGGAACGCUGUCGCUCAGCGGAGGGUGAGCUGGCUGCAGGAGAUGUGCUCAGAGACGGGUUCAGGACCGACAAGGAGAGGUACAUGAGGUGCAUGCAGCGUUUGGGAGAAGCCAUGAAAAUGGACCGAAUCUCGCUGGAUCUGGGACUCGAUAUGACCAUCGAUGCGCUGAUCGCUCGCGCCGAACAACUUGUCAAGAUGGAGAAAGACGCCAUUACUGACAAGUCCACACACAUUUACAACCUUCAACGCAAGGUCAAAGGCCUUAAGGAACAGUUGGAGAGCAAGGAUCUCCACAUCGACCUCCUCCGUAAGAAGAUUAACUCCCUUGAAGAGAAACUUCUUGGAAAGUCCACCAUUGAGCGGGAACGGGACUCGGAGACCCUUCGUAUACGCAAGAUGGAGAAACUUGCAGAGAAGUACAAGAUCAAACUGAUCGAUGCCGAACGGGAGAUUGUCAACUUAAAGGCUCAAUUGCUGGGAUCCAGUGAACUCAGGGUACAUACACUCGAACAAAGGAAAGAGGCCGAAGAACUUGCAAAGACUGUCGAAGAGCUUGAGAAGCUGCGACGCAAGCAGGCGCACAAGAUUCGUGAGCUCAAGACAGAGAUCAACUCCUCCAAUCAUUCAUCACAGGAGAAUCGCGUGGUGGCUGACAACGCUGUUCAGGCUCUCACCAGUGAACUCAGGACGACCAAAGCAGCUCUUACAGCUAUCCAGAACAGAGAAAAAGCGUUACUGGACUUCCGUCUGGUUGUCGCGAGAAUGUUGGGUCUUGACAUCAACACGCUGGCAAUCCCCGACUACGAAAUCAUCAGCCGCCUUGAAAAGCUCAUUCAAGCUCACCACAGUCAUACCUUUACGACGCUUAGUCUUGAGGAAGCCCUCGCAGACAUGGAAGAUGGCUUUGUCAGCGGUUAUGUUGACUUCAAGAAUACUACAGGCUCAUCAGAGUCGCACAACAUCCGAAAAUCGCGGGAACGCGUGAAGCGGAAAGCGCUCAAGUGCCGGGCUCGUUCUAUGUCCCCACAGAGGAGAUAUGACCCCAAAGUUUAUUGAAAAUAGUAAAGACUUAGAUUAAUAACUUAUAUACUAAUUCAAGUAGGCGACGUAGGACUACUUCCUCCCCCGAUUCUUGGCAGUCCUUUUACAGUUGUAGAAAUUCGGAGGUAUCUUUACAUAAUGGUGUAUAUAUGACAUGUAGCAAAAGUGCCAAGGUUAUGGAAAGAAAUUAGUCAAAGUUGGUCAAUGACUUGGUUAGAUGCUGAAAGGAGCUAUCCCUGGUUUUCAUCACUGAAGUUUGUAACCUAUAGUAUGAGCUUGGUUGUUGCAUUGACAUAAUUAGUUGAGAUUUUGAAUGUUGUUAGGGGUAAAUAUAACUGUAUGCAGUAGGUUGAUAUUAAUAAAUAAACUUUAGUUUUGUUAUAUUCUCUUUCUCCCUGAUGGUAUGUACAACCAUUGAAGGUCAACAAAUUUAUGUGCUUUUUUUAGACAUUAAAAGUAUACAUGUAUCAUGUAUAUAUUUUUAGGUUUAUAGAAAAGAAAUUGUUAGAAUAUUGACUAUUGUCCGAGAAUAGAGAAUAAAGGUUGUUUGUUUAAUAUGCAUUAAAAAGGUACGUAAUGUAUAUUAACGUGAAUUCUUUUUUUGGAAACAAAUUAAAAAUUUAUAACUUAUCAAUUAAACACUAUGUUUGAAAAUAUAUUUUUUAUAUCCUGACAUUAAAUCAAAUACAAAUGAUAUUGUAUUUACUCACAAGUACAUUCAUGUAUAUAACAAUCAGCUAUAAGUACCCUGCAUUUUGUGGUCACCAUAACACACGCAUUUAAACGGAAACAAAGUGUAGCUUAUUUGCCAGAAAGAUGCAUAGUUUAUAUUCAAGUAGGAAUUUAGAUCUGUUCAAUUUCUUUUAUUAUUAUUGUUUGUGUCGCUCAUUUGUUAAUGUGGCCUUAUUGUAUAUUUUGGAGUGUUUUCUUCUGUUAUUCGUCGAUAUUUUGCUCAUACAAUCCAUAUCAAAAUCAUGUAAAAAAAUCGAGGAACAGAUGAAAAUAUUGAAUAUUAAUCAGAUAUUUUUAGAAUUCAUUUUUAAUUACCUGUUUUAUAGUGCCUAGAGCUGGGAAACGUUUUAUAUCAUUUUUCUUUCUCUAUCUUACCAUUUUUUUCUUUGAAAUUGAGAGAUUAAAAGGUCUUUCUUGUAUGCCAGAUUUUUGAUGGUGUAAUUAUUAUUUAAGUCUCUAUUUAAUACACACAUAAUAAUGACAUGUUUCUUGUAUAUAUUGUUUUAUUUAACUUUUUUUAUAUGCAGAGAACAAAAUUCAUGGAGCAAAUAAAACAUUGUAUGUGCUCAUUGUUUUAUAUAUUUUAUUUAAAAAUAUAAGGAAUAUUUUACAUUUUGAUACAUUAUAUUGGACUAUUAGGGCUGCAUAUCAGCUCAAUUUAUUAUUAUAUUUUUUAUGUAUUAAGUAUUUCUCUGCAAUAGUUAGUUCUCAUUAUUUAGUUGUCUGGUCUGUGAUAACUUCUUUGCAAAUAAACCUACUGCCAGGA